ACCACGUUCAAACUAGUCUUCUUCGGCGCUUACGAUAUUACGCCGGUCGCAAGUAUUACGCCAACGUUCCGCGUGUCCGUCAUCUGUAACGCGAGUUCAGUCCGUUUUUAUUUCUUUUUAGCGGAUUGACUUUUGGAAGAUAUUCCGUACGAUUUCCUUGUAUUUUGUCCGUCACCAGCAGCCGUUGAUAAACGUGUACACACCGUAGACGCAACGCCGGGCUUCAGCGUGCAAAAAAUAAAUCGAAAUUAAAGAGAGAGAUAAAUUUGAAUCGCGAUCGCCUCACGCACUAAUACUAUAAUAACGCCAAUACGUUACAAUUAAACAACAAUAUAUUGAUCUGCAACGCGUACAGUGAACUGCCCAAGAAUGAUACACCCCACAGCAAUUGUCUUUUGCGGUUCAGCCCUCGUCGGAUGCAUAGUGAUGAUCGGAGCCAUAAGUAACGAAAAGCCGAUUAUACAAGACACCAUACCGCCACUCCAGACCACUCCUAUUUGGUUAAACGCUUGCAGAAAGAAAGACCCGAAUUUGAACGAAUGCUUUCGUAUGACUUUCCAGAACAUGUUUCCCUAUUUGGCUAAAGGUAUACCGGAAAUCGGAACUAGGCCGUUCGAACCAAUGCAUAUUGACAGAGUUGCAUUAACUAAAGGCCAAGGUGCUGUAACAUUAUCCGGAGCAUUUACAAAUCUUAUUGUUCAUGGACCAAGUAAUACAACUGCGUUAUAUACCAAGUUAGAUUUAGUUAAAAAUCGUCUAGAUAUCGGACUUUUCAUACCAAUAAUCAAAGUUGAAUCAAAGUAUGACCUUAAAGGAAAUUUAUUAUUACUGCCACUGGUUGGAGUAGGUGAUGCUAAACUGUACUUAAAAAAUGUAACAACACACGUACAGACAAAAAUAUAUUUCCCCAAGUAUAUGAAUGAAACAGUUAUGAUGGCCAACAGUAUGAAAGUGGACUUUAACUUGGCAGCCAUGCGUGUAAACUUAGACAAUUUAUUCAAUGGCAACAAAGUGUUAGGACGGACUGUCAACACCUUUUUAAACCAAAACGCGUUAGAAGUAGUAAACGACCUAAAGGAAAAUAUCGGUGAAAAUCUUUCGAUUAUAUUCAAACAGAUUAUGAAUGAUGCUUUUAGCCAUAUGCCAACAAGACUAUGGCUACUAGAUGAUUAGUUGACUUGUGUAACUAUUAUAUGAGCAUUAAUGUACAUACAGCCUAUUUCAAAGUAUUUUAACAUACCAAUAUGUUUAUAAUUAUGAUUAAGAAAA